GUGGCCGUUGCAUGUGGCGUUCCGUUGCCAAGCAUCAGCUCAGACGAUUUUUCAUUUCAUUUUCAUUUUGUAAGGCGUUUGCGCAGACAUGGGGCCUCCUUCAUACAUCUAGUUGAAUAAUCUAUUUCCAGGUCUUGUUGAUUCAAGGAUGUACAGGCCACAGCAACAAGAGAUCGGCUCAUACGUGCCUCGAUAUGUUUCUUCCAGCUUUUGAUAACUGCUGUGGAGCAGGGAAACAAAGCGGAGGUUGAGACUUGUCUUAAUAUGCCGGGUACAGAUAUUAAUGAAAAACCGUGGGGAAUGGAGUCCUUGCUGAUGAGAGCAAUACGUUGCAACCACAAGGAUGUGGCAGAACUCCUCAUGGAGAGGGGUAUUGAUGUGGAACCAGACUCUCCAAGAAGUGAGACAAAGGAUUGCAGACAAAAGUCAGCUAGAGAUUAUGCAGAGUUCUAUGGAAUGCCUGACAUUGUUAAGAAAAUUGAUGAACAGCGGAUUAAACGUAUGGCUAGACCUUGAAGCGAGUGAGAUUAUGGGGACAUAUUGAUGUGACCGAUUGGUGAAGCUGAAAAUGCCAUUUUCUACUGACUUACAUGUAUGUACAAUUCAUUGAAACAAUUUGGUCUCAUGUCCAGAUAGGCUCCCUAAGUUCGGGCUUGACCCUAGCUUUUGGUCCAUUAUGUUUCAUUUUGUCAAACUGACACUUGGUCUAACUGCUGCCAGAAGAUUUAAUUAUCACUUGGGCUGAUUAUCUAGGUCCCAUAUUACACAAAGGUUAGUGAUUGAUCAUACAUUUGAUUUGUGUGAUUAACUGUACAUUGUGGUCAAUGCAAUCAAUCAUAAAAUGAUUCUUUUAAAUGAUUGCAAAGCUUUGUGUUACAGGCCCCUAGUUGGUCUAGUUACCACUCUAUCCUAGGGGAGUAAAAAUAAGCAUAACGUUAUACCUAAUAGUGGUUAGCCAAAGUAUUACAUGCGAUAAGUAUACAAACUGGCCGUAGACUAUAUAAAAUUGGACCAAUUAUCAUCUGUUGAUGAGACUGAGUGAGAGUGUAACUUUCUACUGGAUCUUUCUAGGCCUGCUGCAGAAGAGUUUUAUUAAGUGUGCACGCUUCUGAUUUGUUAAAAUUCAAUUGCUUGUGAUUUGAGAUUGCAUUUGGUGGCAACUUUGCCUGGCUUGGCUAAACGUGUGAGUUCCUGGGUUGAAAAAAUGUCAAUGAUUAGGGUUGAUUUACAGUUUCUUUUUUAAUUAUAAACAGAAUUAUGAUAAGCUUUUGAAUUAUUUUCACCUUAUUUCUGAAGAUUGUUACAGUGAAAAUGUCUUCUGUCUGGGAAUUAUUCUUCAGAUGCUUUCACAUUCCUUUGAACAAAAUAGAAAACAACUUCAGCAUAAAUGUUCAAGCCUAACAUUUGUGUGUAGUACCAUAUAUGCAUUUUGUUCUGCAUUACAUAUGAUUCUCAGCAGAGUUUAAUUAAUUUGAAUUAUCAAUUUUUGGUGAUUAUAAAUCUCAAAACAGUUAUUAAUUCCAAUUUCUCAAUCUCUUCUAAACAUUUUCUUAUAGUAUUUCAUGACCAAACCCACAUGUCAUUAUUAUUUUUUUAAAGGAAUUCCAUUGGAAUCGUACAGCUUAUUGUCAUUGGACACUUAUUUGGUAAAGAGUUAAUGCAUUGAAUAUGUUGAGAGACUAAAAGAAUGACUUGUGAGUAUAAAUAGCUCACUUUGUUAUAACUUAUCACAAGAAGUUUUUUAUCAUGACCUCGUUUUUAAGGCAGUUUUUAAUUGACUUGAAUCAAAUCUUAAUUAUGUAUUGAAUGCCAUACACGUAUACAGGUAUAGGCGAUUUAUUAUUGAAUUCAUUAACUGAAAUAUUAAUUAUGUAUUAAAUUCUAUAAGUUUGUAAAGAAUUCAUGAAAUCCAAUUCAACUCAUCAGAAGAAACAGGCUCAUUCGAAAUCAUCAAUUUGAAUUUUAUUUGAAAUUGAACCGAUUUUCAUUGUAAUGCAAAAAUAACAAAUUGGAUAUUACCCCAGGCUGAUGUGAAUUUUGAAAAUGUGAACUCCAUCUGAAAUACAAAUAAAGAUUGAUCUGAAUUAAGUUCCGAAUUUCAAUAUAAAUAUUUAACUGAAUUAAAUUAUUUCAGAUCGAAUAUGAAUAGAAUUAUGAUUCACCGAAAUUGGAGAUUCCCAUACCAUUUAAGUAAUUAUUGUAUAUUUCUGUAUCCAUUUUCUACUUGUAUUUAUUUCAUGUGUAAUGUGCAUAAUGUUGUAUUUACAUGUUCUUCACGAGACAAAUUUUUGUCUCACCUGCAUAGCAGAGUGAGACUAUAGGCGCCGCUUUUCCGACGGCGGCGGCGACGGCGACGGCGGCGGCGGCGUCAACACCAAAUCUUAACCUGAGGUUAAGUUUUUGAAAUGACAGCAUAACUUAGAAAGUAUAUGGACCUAGUUCAUGAAACUUGGCCAUAAGGUUAAUCAAGUAUUACUGAACAUCCUGCCUGAGUUUCAUGUCACAUGACCAAGGUCAAAGGUCAUUUAGGGUCAAUGAACUUAGACCAUGUUGGGGGAAUCAACAUCAAAAUCUUAACCUAAGGUUAAGUUUUUGAAAUGUCAUCAUAACUUAAAAAAAUAUAUGGACCUAGUUCAUGAAAGUUAUACAUAAGGUUAAUCAAGUAUCACUGAACAUCCUGCAUGAGUUUCACAUCACAUGACCAAGGUCAAAGGUCAUUUAGGGUCAAUGAACUUUGGCCGAAUUGGGGGUAUCUGUUGAAUUACCAUCAUAACUUUGAAAGUUUAUGGAUCUGAUUCAUGAAACUUGGACAUAAUAGUAAUCAAGUAUUACUAAACAUCCUGUGCAAGUUUCAGGUCAUAUGAUCAAGGUCAAAGGUCAUUUAGGGUCAAUGAACUUUGGCCAAAUUGGGGUAUUUGUUGAAUUACAGCCAUAAAUUUGAAAGUGUGUUGGUCUAGUUCAUAAAACUUAGACAUAAUAGUAAUCAAGUAUCACUGAACAUCCUGUGCGAGUUUCAGGUCACAUGAUCAAGGUCAAAGGUCAUGUAAGGUCAAAGAACUUUGGCCACGUUGGGGGUAUUUGUUGAAUUGCCAUCAUAUCUCUAUAAGUGUAUUGGUCUAGUUCAUAAAACGUGGAAAUAAGAGUAACCAAGUAUCACUGAACAUCUUGUGCGAGUUAUAGUAGUUUUCAAAAUCAGCACUGCUGCUAUAUUGAAUCGCGUGAUGCAGGUGAGACGGCCAGAGGCAUUCCACUUGUUAUUGUAGAAAUUUAUAUUGAAUUGAAUUGUAUUUUAUUUGAAGUUAAGAUGAAAUAUGUAUAUAUGUAUGGAUAACUUUAUAUUAGUCGAAAUACACCGGAACCAAUAAAUAAGUUGAAUGAAAUGAGUUUGCUACAAACUGAGAUAAUUUCGAGUACAUGUAUAUGUCCUCUCCAGUGUUGCUGCCCUCUAUGUAAAUAUUCUCACUACGAGAGAAAAAAUUAAAAGCACUUAAUGGAUGAAUCACCCGUAUAUAUAUAACUGUUGGAACUAAGUACAAUGCAUUACCACUUUGCCUCAUUAAUAUCUUCUAUGUCCAACACGCGGAAACGUAAUAUCGUUUUAUAUAUAUAUAUAUAUAAUUUCAAACAUUGGUUCAGAUUGUUACUGUGUUUAAAUACCUAGUGGAUAUAAUAAUCAGACACAUUUGGUAAUUAUUACUCCUGUGUUUUAGGAUACAAAAUCUAUUAUUUUACAACUCUUACAAGGUAAUGAAAAUAAAGACAUUCCAAGAAAAAGCAGACAAGCCAAGUGCUGCGAAUUUCUUGAAAAUUACAUCGAAAUCGGGUGUAAAAUAAGGUUCUUAUGACAUUUUUAAAAUUUGCUUGUUUCCACAAAACAGAACAAGUGGGGUGAUACACAUUUAAGAGAGGCAACGAUGUCGCGAACUCAGUAUUUUUUUUAAUUUUAUUAUAGGCAUAGAAAAUUUUAUUUAUUUCUGUUUCCUUUAAAGUGGAGACACUGACAAAUAAGUUUGCUGUUCACUCGAGAAAAGUGGUCUGAAAAUUCAGCCCGAAAUCCCUGACAGUGACUUGCACACAGAAGGUCGAUAUUAUUCUUUAUGCUAGUCUUGUGUGAAGUCCAGCUUGUCAGGGUUUCAUUCAUUGUCUGUGCCUGCAGACUAGCCAUAAAGUGCGAAAGAUCAGGGAGGCGCAGGUUCAUGUCUGUUCAAUUAUAUCUGGGAAUUCCCCUUCAAUUGGAGUCCAACAUAUUCUCUGUAUCACCCCCAUUAUCCCAAAUACCGAUGCCAUGGCAACCAAAUUACGCGUCAGUGUGCCAUCAUGAUGUCUGGGAAAUAAAACGCAAUAGUUCAAAAUUUUGA